UUUGUGCACCCAAACACAGAUCAGGCCAGCUCAGGCUGCAGGUCAGCUCAUUUUUGAUUCGAUAAUACGUAUCGAAUCACAGUUUGGUGAAAUUUCGGCAAUAUUACAUCGGCUAAAGCUUGGACGGCAAACGAAAAUGGAAAAGGAAAACAAACUUGCGGCCCCAGAGAGUGGAAGGAAAGCAUCAUCCCGAGGAGAUCUGCAGUCGCUACCUACGCGCCAAUACCUGGAUCAGACGGUGAAUCCUAUUUUGCUGCAAGGUUUAAAGUUGUUGGCGAAAGAGCGCCCACCCGAGCCGCUACAAUAUUUGGCAAACUUUCUACUGAAGAAUAGAAACCGUGUCGAUGACUGUAAUGGAGGUAACACGGAUGAUACGCAGUAAUAAAGC